AUGCAAAUAACAAGCCGCAGAACCCGUCUGGCUAUCGCCUUAUUUUUCCUCCAAGUGGUCGACCUCACCUUCGCAACUCUUUGCUACAACCCCGAUGGCUCAGUAUCCAACGAUGUUCCCUGUAACAGCACCGCCUCUGUCAGCGUAUGUUGCACGCAAGGCUUCAUCUGCACAGCGAAUAUGCUCUGCCAACCACAAGGGUGGUACGACAACACAACUGGGAAUCCAUUACAGCUUAUUCGCGGGACAUGCACAGAUAAGUCUUGGUCUUCGAAUAAGUGCCCGGGGUAUUGUGUGGCUGAAAGCGUGACCGGCGGCGAAUGGGUUAUGCGCUGCGGCAAAAACUCGACUUCAUACUGCUGCUCAGCCGACGACUGCUGCAGUGAUUCGAGCGUUGAUCGGUUGACUUUGCCUGACCCUGAUGUAACUGCAACAGCUGGGAUAGCUCCAACGACGACUGCAACAACGGCAUCGGCAUCCACGCAAACUAGAUCAUCUGCUACGACAUCGGGAAUCCCCACGUCAACUGCGUCGAGUAAUGGCACUACCAGUGGGUCAAAUUCGAAAACAAUUGGUAUCGGCGUGGGUGUUGGUGUAGGUGCAGGGGUAGUAAUCCUGGGAAGUCUCGCAUGGUUGAUAUUUUGGCGACGAGGGAAGACAAAAAAAGCGGAUGCUGCGUAUAUUGCUUCUUUACCACAGCAGUCGCAACAACGGGAUUUCUUCCCGCAAGAACUGGACUCGACGGUUCCACACAAGGUGGAAUAUCCACAAGAACUAGACUCGACAAAUCCACCAGGAUAUGCACAUGGGAAUCGGCCGGUAUUUGAAGUACAGUGA